AUGUCGAUGAACCCAGAAGCACUCACUAUUGAGGAGACCCUCAAACUCCGAGAACAGCUGGGACUUUCGACAGCAGCACCAGCUGAAGGGGAAGAGGUUCCAAUCGAUAAGGAUGCCUUGGCAGAAGCUAAUUAUGCUGAGAGAAGGGAAGAUAUGAGAAAGGCCAAGGAAGAAAAGGACUUGAAAGAGAGAAUUGAGAAAGCACGUAAUCGAUCAGCUCUCAACGCUAAAUUGAAAGGAUCAACUUUGGGAUCAUCAAAUCAAGAUGAUAGUCUAGAUACUAAAUCAUGGAUCAAGAAACAAAAGAAAAGGGAGAAACAACGUGCUCAAGAAUUAGCUGCUAAAAGAGCAAAAGAAAUGGAAGAAGCUGAUCAAGCUAUCUAUGAUGAAAAUGAUUUGACUGGAUUGAAAGUCGGACAUGAUGUAGACGAAUUCGAAGAAGGUCAAGAUGUCAUCCUUACUUUGAAAGACAAUAGGAUAUUGGAAGGUGAUGAGGACGAGCUUCAAAACGUCAAUAUGGUCGAUGACGCAACUGUCAAAGCAGCUAAAGAAAGAAAACGGAAAGCCGCUGAACAAUAUACCGGAUUUGACGACGAAGAAUUCGAUGAAGAUAGAAUAGGUGUCAAAGCUGAUAUAUUGGGCAAAUACGAUGAUGAGUUUACAUCCGGUAAAGCCAAAUCAGAGGGUUUCAGACUUGGUGCUCCGAUAGAAAAGAAGAUGAAGAUCACCGAUGAAGAUGUUGAGAUGGGAAAUGCCCCUGCGAUUAAAGUGAAACUGAAUCUGGAUUAUGCGAAGGAAUUUGAUGUUUCAGAUUAUGCUAAAGAGGGUGAAGGUGGAUUCAAGAAGUCAAAAAAAAAAAAGGCCAAGCGAUCUACACGAAAAGCCGAAGUAGACGGAGAAGACGAGAAUGACAUGCAAGUCGAUGGUGAACCGAUAUUCACAAAGAGAAUAGUGACGGAUGGACCGGAUAAUCUGGUGGAUGACGAUGAUCUUCAAGCGGCAUUGGCAAGAUCGAGAAGAGAACAUUCUAAGAAGAAACCAAAGGUCAAGGCUGAGGAUUUGGCAGCACAGAUCGCACAACAAAGGCAGGAGGAUGCAGCUUCAGCACCGAUCGAUGGAGGUGAGGGCGAAGAAGAUGGUCGAAUAACAUUCGACGAUACUUCUGAAUUCGUCCGAAAUGUAAACCUCGAAUCAGUCGCUGCGCCAGUCAAGAAAGAACGAGCGGCUACACCACCUUCAGCACCUCAGCAACCUGUAGUAGUCAAGAUAGAACGGGCAGAAGAAGGAGAGAUGGAAGAAGAUGAGGACAUGUCUGACGAAGAGGACGACGCAUUGGCAGAGAUGGCUGCCAGAGAAGGAUUAUCAGUGGAUGAAUAUAGGUUGAAGAUUGAUAAGCAGUUGGAGGAGAUCCAGAGUAUCAAGCAAGAAGGUGAAGGCAUUCCAUCUGAAUCAGAACCAGUGAUAGGAAACGGGGUAGCAGGUAUAUUAUCAAUGUUGAGAAAUCAAGGAGCCAUAAAACAAACCACGGAAGAAGACAAAGAACGUGAACGUGUCCAGAAAGAAAAGGAUUUAUGGUUGGCAGAUCAUAGGAGAAGAACGGCACAAAGAGAAAUGGAAAGAAUAAUGCAAAGAGGUGGAAAUAAAGAUCAAGCUCAAAGAGAAUUCGAAAAUAGAAUGAGAGAACAACAAGAAGCCAGAGAUGCUUUAGAGAGUUAUAAAGGGUAUAAACCUGAUAUCAAUAUCGUUUAUCAUGAUGAAUUCGGAAGAAAUAUGACACCUAAAGAAGCUUGGAAAUCGCUAUCACAUAAAUUCCAUGGUAAAACAUCAGGAAGAAUGAAGACAGAGAAACGAUUAAAGAAAAUCGCAGAAGAAAGAAAACAAUUAACGAUGAAUGCUACUGAUACACCACUAGGAAUGACAGAUGCUUUCGCUAGAAGACAACAGAAGACUGGAGAAGCUCAUAUGGUUCUGAGUGUAGGUAAUAGGGGUAGUGUACCACAGAGUAACAAGAAGAGGUAG